UGGUUGAUAAAAAUUCGUUGGUUCGUUUGUUUUAUUUUGAAAUGGAAAUUUAAUUUAAAUUAAAAUUAUUUAUUGUGAACUACUAAAGAAUACACUUCAGUGGUAAUUCCGAUACUUAAGAUUUUCUAACAAUGUCAGAAAAGGCUGCCCAACUUCAACAGUAUAAUCAGGAUCUGGUGAAAUAUAUAGAAGUACUGAAGAAAAAGAAAAUGAAAAUUGAGAUAGAAAUUGCUACAGAUGAGAAAAACAAAGAGACAAUAGGUAAUCAAAUACGACUCUUAUCAGAAAAACUUCAGGAGAUUGAGCACAAACAGAACAUAAAGAAACAUGAACUUGCGAAAAUUGACGAUACUCUCACGCAAAGUGAAAUAGGAUAUUCGAAAAUUAUUGACUCGCUUCAAGUUCUGCUGAACUUUGCAGCAUCAAAGACUGAAACUGAAAUAGAGAUGAAACGUGAUCCACGCCAUUAGAACAAAUUUAACACAAUUUAUGCUUGUGAGAAAAUUCAACUACAAAAACACUUUUAUUGUGAAUUAUUUGAAUUUGGUUUUGCUAAUAAAUUUUGAGAAAA